AGAUCGCUCGAUAUGAUGAUGUUGAGGCUGGAAAUAAAGACGAUUUGUUAUCAUGGCGCUCGCCGCUCAUUGGGCUCAGCUUCCACAGCCCCUCCUUGUUUUUGCUUGAGUGCGAUGUUGUCAUGUUUACACGAGCGAGAAACGCUCGUUACCGUCGUUCUGUGGCGUGGUUUGAAGUUCACUUGCGUGUUGCGUCCCGAUUGACCGAUCGCUGGGUAGCGUUGCAUUGACGACGUAUAUUAGCUCUCAAAACGCGAACCUAGCAUAACAGCGAUGCAAAUGAGGCCUAACGAUGAUUGGGGACAUGUCUGUAGUGUUGACAAAUACGUAUUACACUCAUCAAUGAACAAAAUACAUAGCGAAAUAAUGUCUCGAAGAGGAAAUGGAAGCUGUCUCGUGCGGGGAGAGCUAGUGCAAAAUUACAUAAGAGAUGAGAUAGGACAGCGUGGCCUGCAAUAUUGAAUCAAUAUCGUCAUUUAACGGUCUCUCUUUUAAAAUGCUGAAUGAAUAAUUUUAUGCUCACGUGCCGUUUUGAUUGCAUAACACACCAUAGUGUUUGCAAGAUUACAGUAGUGACUGAAACAGUAGUACAACCUACUGUAUGUACAUGACUUGAAUAACGUGACACACGCGAGACAAAUGAGCACACUUAUCCUAAAAAUAAGCAAUUAUGCUCCAGCAGAGGUUAAAAGUUGUUGUUGACGUUUCUUAUCUCGGUCAUAUUUUGUUUGCGAGUGCAAACGUUUUGUUGGUACAUCGCAGCCAUAUCUGUCUGGACGUCUGCUGUCUGUGUUUUCCGCGCUCUGAUUGGUCAAUCCGAAGCGGAGGCGUGGCUUCGCCAUAACAAUGCAGUCUAGGGAGCGUGCACGCUGCAAUGAGGUUUUUCUGUAUUUGACGAGCCCAAACUGAUUUUUCAGUUUUUCAUCACUUCAAACUUAACCUACAAAGGGUGGUGUUUUAUCCAUUUCUGGGAAAGUAGUCCUUGCGAACCCAAAAGAAAGCGGCAGAGAGCUAUCUAGUGUUAGCAAGCAGAACCGCUGGCUACUUUUUUGGAUAUAAAAUCAUCCGGACGAAAUUGUUGAGGACUAAAAUCAACGAACAGCGUUUCAUCGGGGGACGAAUGUCGUUUGGAACCUAUCAUAUACACGGAUAAGUGAACGGGAAUUGACAUUUUGGAAGCUGGAACACCUGCCAUCUCAAACUAUCUAUAAAAGGUUAAGACAAUCGGAGGCAACAUCCAGGUGCCUCCUCCACUGUGUAAUUUCCUUUCCCAGAGAGUGACUCGUCUACACGACGUCACCAAUGCGACCAUGGGAAGUAGCAGUAAAUAGGCUGCCCCCAACAGCCCCCUUGAAUCCAAGGAGGUUUCUUGGAGAGCCCUGUAACGCCCCAGUGCAUCUCAGGAGAAGCCCACCAGUGAGACGCCAGUGGGGCCUCCGAGACAGGCCUGUGCUGCACACUUCUCUGGUCCAGGAUGAGAAUCUCCACCAUCUGCUUUUCGCCCAUCAUCACCAACAGGUUCCUUUAGAUGAAUCCAGACAAUAUAGCCACACCAGCACACCACCACGCAUGCUUCACCCUGCGGCCCACCUGCCCCAGCAGAACCCCAUCAUGGUGGAUCUACACGAGCAGAUGCCCCAGGGAUCUGUUCCAAUAUCAUACACUGUUACGACGGUGACGACACACGGAUUUCCCAUCCACACUGGGCAGCCUUUACCGGGGUGCAACACUCAACAGCUCCCAGCAUGCUCGGUAAUGUUCAGCGGACAGCUCUCUCUGCUCUGCUGCCUUCCUCCUCCUCUCAUUCAGGCAUGUACCAUGCAGCAUCUGCCGGUGUCUUACCAAGCCUUCCCACCCCUGAUUUCCAGCGAACAUUUUGUAUUGCACCCUACCCCAUCUGUACCUCCCCACCAGCCGCCGCACCUUACUCCUCUGAGCCAGUUUGUCCCUUUACAGCCUCAGCACCCACGCAUGCCUCUACAGAGGGUAGAAAAUGAAGUUGACCUAAGAGGUGACCAGCACCCAUUAGGAAGCUUCACCUACCCUCCGUCACAUCACCCACCAGCGCUGCCUCCUUCUCUGCCCAUACAGUAUCUUCCUCAAGAGCCUCUGCAUCAGGAGCUUCCUUUCGGAGUGCCAUAUCCCCACAUGCUGCCCCGGCGAGCAAGUGGGCAGAGAUACCGGCUACAGCAGCCUCUCCCUCCUCCCCCGCCUCCUCCAUCCUACUACCCAGGCUUCCUCCCGUACUUCCUCUCAAUGCUUCCUGUGCCUCCAACAGCAGUGGGCCCAGCCAUCAGUCUCGACUUAGAUGUGGAUGAUGUGGAAAUGGAAAAUUAUGAGGCUUUAUUGAAUCUGGCAGAGAGGCUGGGAGAGGCGAAACCACGCGGGCUUACCAAAGCCGACAUUGAGCAACUUCCAUCCUACAGGUUUAGCUCAGAGAAUCAUCUAUCGGAGCAAACGCUGUGUGUUGUGUGCUUUAGCGACUUUGAGUGUAGGCAGCUACUUCGGGUGUUACCCUGCAACCACGAAUUCCACGCCAAAUGUGUGGAUAAAUGGUUAAAGACCAACCGCACUUGCCCCAUCUGCCGAGCUGACGCGUCAGACGUCCACCGAGAGGCGGAGUGAGAGCGUGGAGGGUUUAGUUCUAAAGAUGUGGACACCGGCCACUAACUACAGCUAACAAACCACUUCCUAAAUAAUAAGCGGUUCCCUGAGCCCGUCGUACCUCUGCUGUGCUUCAUUUAUCCCGAGUCUUGUGAAGAAAAAAAAAACGGAAAAAAAAACAAACCCCGCUGCAGCCGGAGCGCCGGAAUCGACGGCGGCUUUUUUUCUCCGGCCUCUCCCCCGCUCCCUCGUGGCAGAUUCCAAAGAGUUUCCCCAUCCGUGCGCAUUAUUUGCUGCUUUUGUUUACAGGGUCGGCGGCGUUCACGAGGUCAGGAACCUUAAAGCUGGACACAAUGGCGCAGAGAAGCGCCGUAGAUGCAUGUUAGUGUUGGCUAAACAGACUCGUCCAUGUAUCCGUUACUGCAAUACUCGAACAUUUCCACAGACGAGCGACGCCAAUCUGCCACGGCAUCCUGGAACAGCUCGCAUAACUGCACAAAAACGCGCGUUGAUCCUGUUCACAGAGCCAAUGUAUUGUGUAACCACUGGAUACAGGGCGGCAUGCUCGGAUUUGCAUGAACUGUUGAUUCCGACUAGCAAUAUUUAAACUAAGCAUUACCACCAAAAUGAUUCAACUUUGGCCACCAUUGACGGCGAAAGACGUCCCAUCGGUUUUGUAGUUGCCCGUCUAAGUCAAAAGGACGUUUGUUGCUAUCAAUGGCGGCGAAUGAGUUAAGAAAAAAAACAUAGUAAAAGAACGGCUUGCUUACGCGGGAAGAUGACGUCGUCCUGCGCAGACAGCAAUACGUGCACUGGGGUGGCUUUUGAAUUGACUUUUUUUUUUUCCUCCCGUAACGUUGGUUUGUUUGUGAGCCAAAUCCAAUAUAUAGAUUUAGCCAACUUUUUUCACACGUUAGACCUGCCUUCUUACGACCUUGACAAGCACAAACCUAUUACUAAUCCUGAUAAAUACUGUGUCAUUCUCACCAUUUUUAAAAAGUUUAUUUAUUGCUUUGUAAUCUUUAGAGAAAAUACAUUGAAGGAACGCGUUUGGAGCACUAACAAUGUUUGUCUUUAUAUUACGGUUAUGUGGUCAUCAGCUUAAUGGUGGUGUAUAAGGAAAAAAAACACACACAAAAAAACAAUUGUAUGUAUAACUUGCGCGUGAAUGCUUUUAGAAUUGAAGACAGAAGAAUGUCGUAGAAGUCACUGGUCGCACUGCGCAGCACGCCGUCCGUCUUGCACCGCAAAUGUGACGGAAUGUGUUCAGUAGUGGAGAAACACUGUUGGACUUCUACUUUUCCUGCUUGUGUUGACACGAAAAAAAAAUAGUAAGCACUAACAGGCAGUUGUAAGCGUUGCUUUUACGUGUAAAGGGAUCUUGCCUUUUUCUUUACUUCAGUGUCUUAAGUGAAUGUGAGUCUUUGACAUGUGUGUGCCAUUUUCAAAAGAGAAAAAAAAGAAGCCAUUUAAUGAGUUCUACCCACAGCUUUGAGAAUUAAUCUACGUGUACAUAUCUAUUCGCAGGCUAUAUUGUAUGUUUAAAAAAAAAAAAAAACUCAGGGCCACUCGGUAUAUGAGGAUACAAGACAAGAAGAGUCUGUCAAAUGGGAAGGAUGCCAUGAAACGCAUAUAUCUGAAUUUAUGUUAAGGUCAUUUUCCUCUGACCGCAAAUGAUUUACUAAUGUAAGCAAUUAUAAUAUUCUCUCAAGUCUGAAAUAGUACAUUUAAAACAAGGCAUGUUUAAAAGAAGAAAAAAAAAAAGAGGCAACAUAAGUCAUUUCUCAACCAGUUUGACUAUUUACUGUGGUCCAACUUCUCAAUGUGCGCACACUCCUACCUAAUCACUCCAGAAGGUGUUUGCAUGUUUAAAAAAAAAAAAAAAAGAAGAAAAAAAAAUGACAAGAGCUAAUGCGCAGAAAGCUUCACAUCUGGCGGGGACGUAUUUAACGGUGCACAAUAUGCAUGCUUGUCAUCCAGUUCUAAGUUGGCUUCUGGAAGGAUUGGAUUUUAACGCUCAGCUGAUUACUGCCAUGCAUUGUACUGCACAUAUUUCUAAUAGAACUGAAUGACUACAAGAUUUUAUUGCGCUAAGUUUGUUUUGUCGGGGGAAAAAAUGCUCUUGGUCUAUCAAUUCUUACAUGCGUUGUGUUACUGUUUUUGCCCUAAUGACUGAAAACAACCUGCUCUGAGACUACUGUAGUUUUAUCAAAAAGCCAUAGUGACAAGGUGCUAGAUGUUAUGCUUUUAGCUACAAGAACUCACUCGCGUGAAUGCAAUAGUUUGUCAUGGAUCUCAUGUAUUCUUAAAGCAUGUUAUACUAAUACCCCAGUGGAAAUCAUAAUUAUAGUUUAAGGGUUUGAAAAAAAAUGAAGUGUUGUCAUACAUAUUCCAGUGUAGUACUGUACGUGCCGCUCAGGCACUUGCUCUCAGUGUAUCAAUAUCUUAAAAAUGUAUUGUUCACAUAUACUUCAUGUUGAUAUUAGCGCUUAUUGAAUUGACAUAAUCCAGCUACCCCACUAAUUUAGAGGGUGGGGGGGAAAGAACCUCCCACUGAAGCAGUUUAUGAUAAAGACAACACAGAAUAGAGUCUUGUAGUCUUUCUGUUAACUUUCAAUAAUCUCACAGCUUGUCUGGUGCAAAAAAAAGUGUUCCAAUAAGCAGCUACAAAUUGUUUGAAUUUGUGAUUGAUUGCUUUGUAGAUGCCGUUUAUGGUUUACCAAUGAUUUUUUUUUUUUUUUUUUUUUGCUGUGGUGGGAUCGUGGUUUACUGUUCCAUCCCUAGUUGUUAAAGGGAUCCUCAGCCCACCCACCAACAGAGCCAGGGGCACGUGUUGUGUUAGGCAGAUAUAUUUUGCUUUGGUACUUGCACAUUUACAGUUACCUCAUUUUUCCAUGUUUGUAUUGCGGGGGGUGGGAGGAUGGAAACUAAUAUAUAUAUAUUUACACACACAUAUAUAUAUAUUACAUAGAGGAAAUGGUUCUUGUUUUAAUUUCCAUUCCAUUGGAAUCCAUUGUUUGUAGCAUUUAACAUGAACUAGUAUGUGUAUUAUAUGCAUCUGUAUACUGUUUGAACUUUUUAAGAUUUGUACUUUUUUUAAAUGAAAGUUGCUAGUUAUGCUUUACCAAGUAGUGCAAUCAUAUUUUUUUUAAUUGUUGUGGCUGAUUGGAGAGGGUUGUUCACUAAUAAAUGUAUUAUCUAUACCAAUAUGACGCUUGUUUUAUUUUACACUGUGAUGCAACCAAAGUUUUUUUAAAUUAAAAAAAAAAUGGAACAAUUUGAAAUUUGAAGCGCACUCCUUUAAGUAGCUGCCACUGACUGUGCUAGACGUCUAAUCCAUUUGUGCGGGAAAAGCCUGCCAGGGAAUGAACGCUAGCGCUGUCAAUGGCACUAAAAUCUGAGCGAGCACCCAGUCUAUCGUUGUCGAUGGAAGGUAAUGUGGAAAAAAUGGGAAAUUGCAGAAAUGUUUUUAAUUUAAAGCUAUUUUUAAAGAACGGUAUGAGAAUUUAGACAAUUUUAUAUUGCAUAAAAAUGCAUCAAAACAUGUAAUACAUGUUACAAUUAGAUUAUUGCACAAUAAGUAUAAAACCAGAGUUGUGCGUUAUGUAAAAAAAAAACGUUAAUACACUCAAGUAAAGAUACAUACAGUAGAG